UCCUAACGUAUUUUACACCAGAAAUCUGAUUUCUUCCCUUUAGAGUCUUGUUAUGGAUAAGCAAAUCCUUGUUGUUGGAUUGACAUGCGUCGAUAUCAUCAAUUACGUCAGGAGCUAUCCAGUUGAAGAUAGUGAUUCUCGAAUAUUAAAACAGAUUUGGACACCUGGAGGCAAUGCAACCAAUAAUGUGAUCGUAUUGAAUCAGCUCAAUCCUUAUUCAGUACUAUUUUCCCCAAUUCCAAUCAACUGCACCCUUAUUACAUCGUUAUUGGCCAAAGUUGGUAUUUCAUUGAAACACUGUCUUCAUCGUUUGGAUGGUGAUUUGCCGACGUCAACAGUAAUUGUCAGUGAGGGGACUGGCUCCAGAACGAUUAUGCAUUACAGAGGGCAGUUGCAAGAGCCAAAUUGCGACGAGUUUCAGCUCGCUUUCCCAGAUAUCAACAUUUUUUCCUGGAUACAUUUUGAAGGAAGAAAUUUUGAAAAUCUUAUCACGAUGAUAGAAUAUGUUCAUAUAUCGCGACAAAAUAAUGAAAGGCCAAAAUUAUCAUUGGAAUGUGAAAAAGUUCGAGAUUUUGAAACUCUUGAAAAUGCUAUACCAUUUGUAGACGUUAUCUUUGUGUCGAAAGAUUUUGCAAGGAAGAAGGGUUUCCAAAAUAAGGAAGAAGCUGUAUUUGGUAUGCAGCAAAAUUUCGGUGCUUCACGUGCUAUCGUAAUUUGUCCAUGGGCUGAACAGGGCGCAGCUGCUCGACAUACUGCCAAUGGAGAGAUGAUAUCAGUAGAUGCAUAUAUGCAAGCUGGACCAGCUAUUGAUACACUUGGAGCUGGGGAUUGUUUUAUCGCAUGCUGUAUACAUUUCCUCAAUGAGGGUAACAGUUUAAGAGAGGUGCUAGUAAAAGCUUGCCGAAUUACUGGCAAAAAAGUAGCUAAACGAGGAUUGCUUGAAUUGGACGUAAGCUGAAGAAACAGUUCUUAAGAGAUGCGAAAUCUCAAUAUGAAUAUAAAUUGGGCAAGACAGUGGAUAAUUUUAGUAACGAAUGAUAAAGAGUUAAAAAAGAGGUGAUCAGGCUUCCG